UUAUUAAUCAAGAGAAGAGCACAAAAAAGUUCUUUCAACAAUUUAUCUAUAAAAUCGUGUUAAUUAUCUGAAUUAAAAGAAUUGACUUUAAUUCCAUCCGAACUGAAUUAUAUACUCACAUAUCGAGUAACAUUGUCGGCCGACGAUAAUAUGUCGGGUAUAAAGUCUCGUUAGAUCGUUUCAGAGCGUAAAGCGCAAUUCAUCUUUCAAUAGAUAAGAUAUAAAAAAGUCAUCAUCGUGAAUAGCAUAAUUAACCACUUUGUUAGUUCUAUACGCCAGAAACUCGUUUUUUUUUGUAUAGGUACACAUAUCAGUGUAACAAAUGAUUGUCCACAACAGUAUUUUGUGUUUUUGAAUUCAUUCAGACUUCGCACUGAUCGACUGUACACAUAUUCAAAGUAGCUGGAUUGUGUUUUCUGCAAUUUGUUGUGUACGAAGGUCGAAUAAAUAAGAAAUUGUUUGUAGAAUGAAUAAUUAUCGGACGCUAUUUGAUAAAACAAACAAAAUAUGGAGCGGAGCAGGAGGUACAUCGUUGCCACAAUGGGAUCAAAAACAAUCCUUGGGAAGCGCACUCUUAAAUGUAUUGGCGAAGUUUCCCGACAAGAUUGGUCAGAUAAGUGAAAACAAUGGCAUCCAAAUGACAAACGGAGAAAUACGGUGGAGAUCCAUAAGAGCGGCACAGAAUCUGAUCAAUUUGGGAAUCGGUUUCGAUGAUGUUAUCCAAGUUAUAUCGAAAAAUCACCACUACUUAGCUCCAAUUAUGUUUGGUGCACUAUCUAUUGGAGCGCCUAUAAAUGCCAUUGAUGUUCAAUUCACCAAAGAUGAAAUGGUACAUAUGCUACAACUAGCGAAACCAAAGUUAAUUUUAUGCGACUUGAGCGUUCUUGAUACACUGAAUGGGGCUCUUAAGCAACUCCAAAUGGAUCGCCCAAUUUUUGCAUUCGAUGGCAGUGCUGAUGGAGUACAAAAUGUUGAAGUUCUUUUCAACGAAACAGACGUGGAAAGCUUUGAGCCUCCACCACUAAUCGAUGCAAACAAACACACAGCGAUAAUAGUAUGUACUUCCGGAACGACCGGUUUUCCCAAGGGUGUGUGUUUGUCUCACAUUUCCCUAAUGGCAAAGUGCAUCAAGACCGGCAUAUCAUCAGACGAUGUUAUGCUAAAUUUUAGCUCUUUGUAUUGGCUAACUGGCUGGGCAACAAUUCUUAUGACUACAUUGAAUUCCGCUACUCGGAUCAUUACCACAAAGCCGUUCACUUCAGAGAUUUGGCUGGACAUUGUUCAACGGCAUAAAGUUACAGUGACGUUAACACCACCACAUUUCAUGGCCCUGAUCCUUCAAGAUCCUAAACUGAACACCACUGACAUCUCUUCUUUGAAACUGUUCUUCUGUACCGGUGGUAUGGUGUCCCAUGAUGUUUGCGAUCGAAUGAACAAACGUAUGCCAAAUGGUGUUGUAUGUGUAGCGUAUGCUAUGAGUGAAACGGCAGGAUUUAUUUCCGGAAAUAUAUCUGCAUUACGCCCCGGAUCGGUGGGUCAAUUAUUUCCCGGUUUUGAUGCGAAAAUAAUCAACGACAACGGAGACCAAUGUGGCAUCGGGGAAAAUGGGGAAAUUUACUUUAAGCCGGCUUACAGAUUCAUCAGCUAUUAUGGUGAUGAGGAAAAUACAAUCAAAACGAUGGAUUCAGAUGGGUGGAUUCGUACAGGAGAUCUUGGUCAUUUUGAUGACGAAGGUUUUCUGUAUCUGAUCGACAGACAAAAGGAAAUUUUAAAAUACUUUAGCAGUCAAGUGUCACCGUCCGAACUAGAAAGUGUAUUGAUGCAGCAUCCUGGUGUUGGGAAUGUCUGUGUUGUUGGUAUCCCAGACGAUCUGGCGGGAGAUUUGCCAGCUGCUGUUAUUAUUAAAAGUGCAACAACGGAUGUAACGGAGGACGACAUUAAUUCACUAAUGAAAACCAAACUUUCCGACGUUAAGCAACUUCGCGGUGGAAUUUACUUCGUUGACGAAUUACCUGUAACACCUUCUGGUAAAGUUCUUCGCCGCAAAGUGCAAGAAAUUGCAUUGAAGUUUCGCAAAGAACGAUCAGCACUUUAAAACGCAAAUGUGUAACCAAUUCAAGUUGAGUUUAUUAAACGUUUGAAUUUUUCCGUAAA